AUGGCACUUCGAACGCUUCUCACCCAGCUCUUGUUGGGUGUCCUACCAGCUAAGUUUGAAGCUACCGAUGAUGAGAAGUUUACCUCUCUUGUUGGUCCCAUCAAAAAGAUCAUUUCCGGCGAGGCUGACGUUCUUAUCGGCUCAGAUGAGCUUCAAGCUUUGAUCAAACAUAAUACCAAUAUUGAUGAAGUUGUCAAUCAGACCCUUACUCAGAUGGUGGACAAGUUUGGUCCCGAACUAGGACCUAUCCAAAUGCAAGUGUUGGCCAUUUGUGCCCUCCAGCUCUUUGUUCAAGCCAACUACACUGGUCCUGAACUUGUCAAUGGUGCGGCGCAGACGCUUGGGCUCAGCGACGAUGCCGCCAUGGUCAAAUUGCUUUCAAUUGAAGGCCAACCUGCUUACGAUUUGAUGAUUGAACCGGGAUACCUUUUGUUUGCCCUCCGUACCUUUGAAAAACUUAUGGGGGCUAACGCUGACUGGCACCUUCAGCUGUUCGAGGAGAUCAAAGAGACUGCAUCUCAGUACAUUAGGGGUUCCGAAGGCAACCCUGUACAAGCGUCACUUCAGUGGUGGCGUACCAGAGCUCUCCAAGUGCACAUGAUGGUCAUUGCCGAGCCCGCUGAUGUUAUCGGUACGUUGUGUCAAGUAUUGCUUACUCCUAGCGUUGCCACUGCUUUAGCUCCCGCUGCUGAAACUGAUCCUCAAGUGGUUAGCGCCGUGCAACAAUUGUACCUCUUAGAGGCGAUCCGUAUCAACAUCCAUGGUAACACUGAGCAUUUGGCGGAACCGCUUUUGAAGGAGUUGACGCGGGUUUCUCAGUUACAAUUGGUGCUUACCGGUGCUAAAGCUAAGCGGACAAAGUUCCAAACGUACUUGGCACUGCUGUUGGUGGUGUUGGCUAAGCUGUGCUCACCCCUGAUCUACGAAGACGACCAGGGAGCCGACGAGGCCCCCGUCAACUUGGACCUUGAGCUGGACUUGCUUUUGGAAAAGCCCCAUUUUGAGCUGUUGGAGAACGUUGAGUUUACUGAUGACGACACCCCUGCUGCUAAACGCUUAAAGUAUGACGUUGAGGACAGUGAACAAAGCCGGAUUGUGCCCAUUGCUCUUAGUUCCGACAAGAUACCCGCUGAACUUCAAAGUUUAGAUUUGAACAACCAACCCAGACUAAACGAUUUGGACAGCAUUCAGUUGAUUCUGAGACUCAUCAUCUUAGCGCAAACCCUGCCUCUGGGUGACCCUUUAAUCGAAGAAGAGUUGAUGGCGAUUGUGCUGCGCAUCAUCUACGCCGACAAUGCCGAUAAGAAGCCUAACCCCACCGUGUUCGGGCGGGCGCUUUGGCAACGACUGGUGCUUGAGACGCAGAAGCCCAAGACUAUCGAGCGGGGCAUCUUACAGAUGACGGCGCUUGUGGAAGAGGCGGGUAUCAAGGUGAAGACGAGAGUGUUUGCCGAAGAGCAGGUGACGGCCACCGAUGUUGCCCACCGGUUGCGGUUUAUCCAUCAAUUGCCGCUUUUGCUGAGUUGGGCGAUGAACGGCGAGUUGGCCAAGAGAUACAUGCUGUUCGGGGCUUUCAAGUCGGCCAUCGACAUCUACGAGCGGCUUGGCAUGGUCCACGAUGCUGCCGUGUGCUAUGCUGCUACCGAUGACGUCGCCCGCGGUAUUGAGAUCAUUAAGGGUCGUCUUGCCACUCACCCCGAAGAUGCUCGAGCUAUUGCCAUCCUCGGUGAUUUCACCAUGGACCCCGAGUUAUGGGAACGGCUGUGGCAGGUGGGUAAGUACGCCAAGGCCAAGGCGUCGCUCGCUCGCUACUGGUACUCGCCUCCCAGUGAUCUGGGCCAUCAACGCAACGUUGAUUUGUCGAUUAAGCACAUGAAUCAGUGUCUCACCGUCAACCCGCUCAAUUUCGAAAACUGGUACUUCUACGGGUGCUGUGGGCUUGAGCUGGGCCAAUUUGAGCUUGCGGCGGAAGCGUUCAGUCGGUGUGUGGCAUUGGACGACACUAACGCCCAGGCGUGGCUGAAUUUGGCGCUGGCACUUUUGCAGUUAGAGGAUAAGCUUAAACCGGCGUUCCAAGCCCUCAAACGGGCUGCCAGAUUGGGCUACGAAACCAAGCUGUGGAAGAUCUUCGAAAACUACCUCACGGUGGCGCUUAAACUUCAGGAAUGGCAAGAAGUGGUGUUCUCCGCUGGUCGCCUCUUAAAGAUGAGAGCUAACGAUGGUGAAGCGGCGGUGGAUACCGCCGUAUUUGAAGAGCUUUCAACAGUAUUAUGUUCGACCGAUUACCCUAGCGAUGCCAACCAGCUCCUGCACUUCCAACGGGCAGCGAUUGACCUCAUCUGUCAAGAGUUGCCGAAGGUGAUCACCCAUAACCCGCACUUGUGGCGGAUUGUGGCGAAGGUGGAGGCGUGGCGCAAACGGCCGUGGGCGGCGCUUGAAGCCUACGAGAAGGCAGCUCGUGUGGUCACGCUCCGCCCGGAGGUGGAGUACGAAACGGCAGUGUGGAAUGAAGCCGUGGACGCGGUGCUGGAUUUGGUGGCGGCCUACGAGAACUACGGCGACCUUCCGGGACGCCAUGGUGGCGAUGACGUCGUCUGUGCCAACUGGAAGUAUAAGGCGAAACAGGUGGUCCGCCUGUUGACGCUGAGGGGGAAGCUGCUGUUUGAAGGCGACGACGGUUGGGAGCGGUUGAUGCAAUUGAAGGCCGACUUGGUGUGA